AUGUCUACCAACAAUGCGCGUCGCUGGGACUGGGACGUCCUGGAACAGAACAUUGACUCCAUGUACCAGGAGUGCAAGCAUACUGUCCAGCGUCUGAAGGACCAGAAUCUCAACGACAAUGACUACCGCAACGAGAACGAGAACUUGCGCCAACAGAUCCGCGAUCUCCAGGCGAUGAUCGACGUGAAGGAUAGCGGUAUCGCCGAAGCCCAUGGCCGCAUCGAGAUGCUCGAAGCCGACAACCUUGAUCUGAACCAACGCAUCAAAGCUAUCGAAGAGACCUUCAUCCCCCACAGCGGUGGCGUCAGUGCUGGCACCAAGCGUCCCCGUGUCUCCUCUCCUGAGUCCACCGGUCCGCUCUACGACACCCCCUCCUACAGCGCCCCAUUCCCACCCCAGCAGCGUCACAUCUUCCGCACCCCCUACAGCGACGCCGCACCCACCACCCCCUCCCAACCUACCUACCAACCCAACUACCGUCGCGCCCAGUCCUAUGCCCCGGACCUUCGCCCGGCCUCCUUCACCAACGGCCCCGGUAACACCCCCUACACCCUCGCCUACGCCCGCCCCCACGGCAACCCGAGCAUUAAAGACGACGACGGCUAUGCCAGCGACAACGGCGGCUACCGCAGCGACGGCUCCGACGAGCCCGCCACCCGCGUCAACAUGCACAAUAACAGCACGGCCGCACCACGCCCCAAGCCGCGCUACCAGCGCUUCGGCAAGGUCGUGUGCCACAACUGCUGGAAGCACCGCUACGCGUGCCAUACGCGGCGCGGCGAGGUCAGCUGCGACUGGUGCAAGGAGACGAAGACGUGGUGCACGCGCGAGGUGUGCGCGCAGUGGCAGCGCGAGGGUAGGUGCUCCAAGGGCGUGAAGUGCCACGGCGUGCAUGAUAAUACGCGCGGGUAUAAUCUGGGGAAGGAGCAGUUGCAGGGGGCGUAUAGGGGACCGCGCUAA